AUGGACGCCCACGUGGACACAUUCAACGCGCUCAACGGCCUGAACGACGGCCACACCAUGUUCUGGUCCAACUGCUUCUUCGGCGUGGCUACCUUCGUCCUCCCGCUUCCGCUUUUCGCGGUCGUGGAGGAAGGUCAGCAGAUCGUUCGCGUCGCCACGCGCCAAUACCUGGAGCGGCUCAACGGGAUCGAUGAGGACGCGAAGAAGCUCUGGGGUUUCGAUUUUUCCGCCUACGAGUUACAGCAGGUGCUCGCCAUAGAGGGCCAGCCGGCAGUGGAGUAUAUCAAGCAGUGGGCGGACAAGCACGGCGGCAUGGUGCGCAACCCCAGUGCGCGUUUCAACAUGAUGUUCGCCGGGCUCGACCCGGAGGGAAAAGCCAAAUUGAGCCAUCACGCGGGGGAGUUUGUUGUGCGGGAGCUGGUUCCAGAAAGCGAUACGCUGCAGGUGUCCGUUUUCACAGGGCGCCAGCAGCAGCAGCCACAGGAGAAGCAGGAAGGCAAGGAGGAAGCAGGGUCGUCAAGCAACGAUGCGCAGAGCAGCGACAAGGUUGCACCCAGGAUACUGGCUGGAGAGGAGGGGGCAGCCAUCACAAUGGAGAAGGUGUCUGCUGACGAUGCCUACUACCUGGUGUAUCUGGUGGACAACCGCACGGCAGUGAUAGUGCUGCACACAUUCAGCGUGGACCCCACUACGGAGGAGGAGCUCGCAGUCAGCAGGCCUGACGUGAAUCCCAUCAACUACCUCGCUGAGGAGAUUCUCAAAGCCAUGGAUACUGCCAGGAGCACCGACUGCGCGGAGGUCAUAUUCGACGUGCGCGAUAACGGCGGCGGGUACGUCACACUGGCCUCACACACAGUCGUCGCACUUCUCGGCACGCGCAACGUGCCUCUAGCGGAAGCAACCCUACCCAUGGACUUCAUUAUAGGCACCAACUUCACCUGGAGCCUCAUGGAGGAUCAGGCCAUUCCUGGCUACGUCACGAACGCGUACACUCAGCCCAGCGACGGCACGUCGCUCCUCUCGUCUGCUGAAGACUACACUCCUCUGCAAAACGUCCCCUUCUCCGUCGCCGGCCGCAUCGGCACCUAUACCGCGGAUUUUAAACUGAAUUUCGAUUAUUUCUACGGCGACUUGGCGGCGCGGCCCGAGUUUUCGGAGCCGUUUUUCGGCGCGCGGCCGUUUCUGUUUCUCGCGGACGGGGACUGCUUCUCCACCUGCGCCGUCCUCACGCACAUGCUGGGUAAACGCUACAAAGUACCCAUGGUAACCGUGGGUGGUUACCUCGACCAGCCCGUGUCCGUGAGCGCGUCGUGCCUGGGCUACACCAUGCUCUCGUUAAACUGCGCCGUCUCGGUUCCGCUAAGCCGCACGAACCACGCCAACGACCCGCACGCGUCGAAACCGUUUAAAACGAACAUGGAUGUUUCCAUGGCGUUUACUAACGGGUACGUGGACUCCGGCGUUCCGUGCGAGUUCGAAUUUCUGCCCAGUCAGCACCACGUGGACUACACCGUAGAUCGCAUCGACAAGCCCGAGCCUGCCUUCGCCGGUCGACUUCUCGUAGACGAUUCCAUAGCAGCCUCUCUCAGUGCUGAUAGCGAAGCUUCUCUAGCGGGAGCCGCUGAUGUUACCGUUGGAUCGGGAACGAGCGGUCCAGAGGCAGCGAGCGUGGUGCAGAGCGGUGCAGCGGACCCGUGCGCGCUGUGGAGUCAGGAUAUUGCCACGAAUGCAGCGAGCUGGGACGUUGCGAAGCCCUCUACAGUUCGCGAAUGCUUGCGAAACCUGAAGAUCAGAGAGAGUGACGUGGAAGAUCUUCGGUCAGUAGUCAACGGAGUCAACAACCACUACGUCUACAAGGACAUCGCCGUUGACUCGCCCGACCAGACGAACCUUCCCAGCAGCGUCGACAUCGUCGCGGAGCUGACGGUCAUUCUGCAGCGCGCCGAGCAGGGCGAAUACGAACGGCUGAUGGACGCCCACGUGGACACGUUCAACGCGAUCAACGGCCUGAACGACGGCCUGAACGCAGCAAGCAGCAGCGGCGGCGGCAACGGCGGCGGUGGCGGCGGCGGUGGAGGCAGCAAAGAGAGGGGUUUGGGGGAGGCUCUUCCUGUGUUCCAGCGGGAUGUGCUGAGGAGGCGACUCCAGUAUGGGCAACACCAGCAGCCCCACAGGCGCCAGUUGCAGCGGCAGUUGCAGGAGCAGCAGGCGGAGGGGCAAGAGGAGCAGGGGCAAGAGGCGCAGGGGCAAGAGGCGCAGGGGCAAGAGGCGCAGGGGCAAGAGGAGCAGGGGCAAGAGGCGGAGGGGCAAGAGGCGCAGGGGCAAGAGGCGCAGGGGCAAGAGGAGCAGGGGCAAGAGGAGCAGGGGCAAGGGGAGCAGGGGCAAGAGGAGCAGGGGCAAGAGGAGCAGGGGCAAGGGGAGCAGGGGCAAGGGGAGCAGGAGCAAGGGGAGCAGGGGCAAGAGCUGGAGGGGCAAGAGACAGAGGGGCAAGGGGAGCAGGGGCAAGAGGAGCAGGUGCAAGGGGAGCAGGGGCAAGAGGCGCAGGGGCAAGAGGAGCAGGGGCAAGGGGAGCAGGGGCAAGAGGAGCAGGGGCAAGGGGAGCAGGGGCAAGGGGCGGAGGGGCAAGAGGCGGAGGGGGAGGGGCAAGAGGCGCAGGGGCAAGAGGCACAGGGGCAAGAGACGGAGGGGCAACAGGGGGAGGAUCAACAGGGGGGUGGGGAAGAGGUGGGUGGGGAAGAGGUGGGUGGGGAAGAGGCGGGUGGGGAAGAGGCGGGUGGGGAAGAGGUGGGUGGGGAAGAGGCUGGUGGGGAAGAGGCGGGUGGGGAAGAGGCGGGUGGGGAAGAGGCAGGUGUGGAAGAUGGGGUUGGAGAAGACUCAGGUGGGGAAGAGACGGAUGGGCAAGGGGCGCCGGUGGUAAUCAUCUUCUAA